CAACAAUCCUCGAACUCAAUGGUCUUAAAAUCGCUUUUGCAGUGCAAAUAAAGCCCCCGCAGUCCCUUUUUUCCUUUUUAAUUUCUUUAUUUUGGUUUACACGCGACUCUCAGAUGUAUGAUGAUUAAUGAAACAUUAUCAAACAUAGUGAAUUCUGUAAGUUUUAAUGCGCAAAACGUUCUACCACAGCAGCAAUCGCAACAACAACAAAUAAUCAAUUUUAUAAAUACAAAAAAGCAGGCAAGCCAAAACUCGAAUAAGAACUCAAUAAGUGUUAAUGGACAGAAUAAUGAAAGUAGUAGUUGGAAUGGCAGCACGAAAGGUGCCGCUGGCAAGAAACGAUAUUUUUGUGAUAUCUGUGGGCAAGCUGUGUCCGCGUUCAGCAGCAUAAAGCGCCACAAAGACGCUGUGCAUUUCAAAAUAAAGAAAAAGUUCAAGUUACGCGAGUGUCCCGUGUGCUUAAAGAGCUUCUUUCAGCUGGCAAAACAUAUGAAAAUUAAGCAUCGCGAUUCCAAAGUCAAAUGUACCAUUUGUGAGCGCGUACUUAGUUGUUCGUUUUCCUACAAGAGACAUUUGAAAAAAGUGCACGGAUUUUUCAAGGAUUCCGAUUCGAGUCAAAUUGCACCCGAACCCAUCAAAAUUACGAGCAAAGACAGUCAAGACAUGGAUUAUUCGUACCCGUAUAGUCACAAUAGUAGCGGCAGCAAAAAGUCAUCGAGCUCCAGCAGCAAUUCGUCACACAAUUCGAGCUCGCAUUCGUAUCAAAGUCCCUCAGCAGCAUACGAUCCGGGAAUGAUGCUAUCACGUUUAAUGGUCGACAACACAUCACCGAUGGAUUUUAAACACGACUGGAUGUCCUAUGCACCUCCCUUUGUGCCAUUCAAGAAGCCCUUUGCCACAGAUUAUACCGCCGGCGCAUCCAGUCAUUCCAAAUCGACGGGCAUGAUGAAUCCAGCGUUCGCCCAUUCGGCAUUCGGCAGUCCCGAAAGUAACGCUGCCCUCAAUUCGUUCUAUCCAACCAACUAUCCUUUUUAUCCGGCCGCCGCAAUUGAUUCUCAACGUACCGCAGGCACCUCAGCGAAUGCCGCAAGCGCCAAAAACGAAGCUGUCAAAGACUUGUCGCAACUUUUGGGCAUCGAAGGCGCCGUCGAAGCAAGUUACAUUCAUCCUAGUCAAGUGUCAGCCGGUACUAAUUCCGAAUCCGGGGCAAAUAGCGGCGGCAGCGGACCUUCCUCAAACACAAAUGCCUCAAACACGAACCCGAAUGCCGUCAUUUGUAGCAUUUGUAAUCACAGUUUUCGCGAUUCGUCGUCGUUGCGGCGUCACACGAAGUCAAAACACGCCAGCAAAUUCGAACAAAUGGAAAAUUCGAAGCAGCAACGGAAAAAGUACAAAUGUACCGUUUGUAAUAUGCAUCUUAGCUGUUCCGGAUCCAUUCAGCGACACAUGCGACUUAUGCACAACAAAGUGGGCGAUCAGCCAGGACAAUCCGCAGCAUCGAAUCCCGAUUAUCAGUACACCUGUAGCGUCUGUCAGCGCAGUUUUAUGAACGAAAUUUCGCUCCAGCGACACUUUAGCUACCAUCGCAAGAGCAAAGAGGUCCCCGAUGGCAAAAGUAGCAACAAUACGUCGUCAAAUACGGCGCCCGUGAAUACUUACAACACUUGUCCGCCAUGCGAUAGGGGCUUCGAGAACAGUUGGAGCUACGAGAGACACAUGUUGACACACCCGAAUUCGCCGCACUCCGCAUCAAAUCCAGCAGGUAAGGUCUGCACCGUGUGUAAUUUAUGGGUGACGACCACGAUGUCCCUUAAGCGCCAUAAAAAAUUAAAGCAUCCCGAUGUAUAUAACCGAGAAGAACGCCUUCGUACCGAAUUGGACGAACGGAAAAAGUACAAGUGCGAAAUUUGUGACAAGAAAAUCGCUAGUUACAGCUCGUUGCAGCGUCACCACAAACUCGUGCACAAUCCGGAGAAGAAAGCCCCGUACGACGAAUCUAAAGACAGCUUAAGUUUCCGAAAUGGCUUCGAUCUCUCGAUGGGAUCGAGAUACCCACAAACUUCGUCCUCCUCCUUCAUCCGACAAAAAUUCAAUAAUUUUUAACAAUUUUUACGCAUAUUACUCACAAAUUACACACAGACUCACUUAUAAUUAAAAAAAAAUUACUAUUUAACACAAACACAGUUAAAAAAUAUCGAUAAACAUAAAAAUAAUCAAAUAUACUAUAGCCAUAUAUUACACAAAAAAAUAACAUUAGAGAGUGUAGCGAUUUGAAGUUAAAAAAGGAUGCUUGAAGUGAAACAAGUGCAAAUAUUAAAACUCUUGUUAAAUAUUAAAUUAAAAAAUUAUUCUUAGUCAGCUUAAAGCCCCGUUUCGAAAAAAAAACCGAAGAUCAUUUAGAAAAAAAAAACAAGUUCCUUUGAAAAAAAAAAUUGAAUCGUACAGAAAAAAAAUAAAAAUAUCAAAAUUAACUAAUAAAUAAUAAAAAAAUAUAUUAUGAAAAACAAAAAAUAUGAAAUAUUAGAAUGUAAGGCAAAAAUAAUACACAACUAUGAAAUAUUUUAGUAAAAAAAAUGAGAAUAUUGUAUUUA